AUGAGUAAAACUCCAAUAUCAUCACCAAAAAUUCCUCCUCAGGAGAUGUUACCUUCAACACCUCCAUCAAAUAAGAAGGGUAGAUUGAGUUCGAUGGCAACUCCCGAAAAGGAUACUUCAAUGCCAUUUACUCCAUCUUUGAAAAGGAACAGUAGGAAUUUAGGUACUAUUGAACAAUCGCCAUAUGGACUUUUAAAAACUCCUAAAUUAGAUAGUGAUGAUGAAGAUAUAGGAGCCAGUGGAGGUUCUAAGCGUAGUAGUCGAUAUAAAUUUCCCAGAACUCCUAAUUAUUUCCUGCCAGGGAAGAAAUUAUUCGAUGAUGAAAAGGAGAAAGAAAAAGAUAAAGAACGGGAAGAUAUAAAUAACAUAACAUUACAAUUAAAAGGGAAAUUAACCAAUGCAUUAGAGAAAUUGAAUCAGAAAGACAUUAAGAAAUCGAAAUUUGAAUUCACAGAAUUAACAUUUAACAUAUCGCCGACUAGAAAGAAAGACCAUGACAAUCCCCAAUUUAAUGAUUAUUUGAAGAAAGCUAACUUGAAUUUACAAAAUAUGACAAAUUUCGAUAAUCAAUCGUCAAUACUUAAUAAAUCCGUUGAAUUACAAAGUUCUCCAGUGAUUAAAGAGGAAAGAGAUAUCGAAAUACCCCUUGAAAAUAGUGCUCAUAAUGCAUUGAAAGCAACAAUCAAUCGUAAAUCUCAACAUGAAGAUCAAAUUAAACAUCAGGUACAGCAAAUGUCUAACAAACCUCCAUCAACACCCAAGAAGAUUAAUCUACCCCCAAUAAAUCCCAAGAAAAAUAAUGAACAAGAUGCUGCUUAUUCUUUAAUGUCAUUAUCAUCACCCCAACAAAUCAAAUUUUCUCAUAGUAGAAAUCAAAGUUUAUCCAGUCCACAAUCAAAUAACGGUUUAGUCAAUGACUCCGUAACUUUACCUCCUUUAUCACCUACAAAACAAUUGGUUAGUUUACCACCCAUAUCAGGAUUAAUAAAGAACGAUGAUGAAACCGAUAUCGAAGAAGAUAGUGAUUAA